AGCUACCUCAGAACGCCUCCGCCAUCAUGGCCGCCCCCGGCGGGCCGGCCGGUGCGUCACUUCCGCCGCGACCCGGCGGGCGGAAGUUCCGGUGGGAGCGCGUCAGGGGGAGCCGGGAGGAGAGCGCGCGCCGGGCCCGCGGGAGAGGUGCCAGUGUCUGAGUCCCUCUCGGUGUAUGUGUGGUAACAACAUGUCUGUCCCCCUCCUCGCUGACGCAGUGACUGUCUCAGGGGCAGAGCGGGAGACGGCCGCGGUCAUUUUCUUACAUGGCCUUGGAGACACGGGGCACAGCUGGGCUGAUGCGCUCUCCUCCAUCCGCCUGCCCUAUGUGAAAUACAUUUGCCCCCACGCGCCCCGCAUCCCUGUGACCCUCAACAUGAAGAUGGUGAUGCCCUCGUGGUUUGACCUCAUGGGGUUGACUCCGGAUGCACCUGAGGAUGAAGCUGGAAUCAAGAAAGCUGCAGAAAACAUUAAAGCAAUUAUCGAGCACGAGAUGAAGAAUGGGAUCCCACCCAACCGCAUCAUCCUGGGGGGCUUCUCACAGGGUGGUGCCUUGUCGCUGUACACGGCUCUCACUUGCCAGCACCAGCUGGCCGGCAUCGUGGCGCUCAGCUGCUGGCUCCCACUGCACAAAGCCUUCCCGCAGGCAGCAAACAACGGUGUGAACAAGGACAUUGCCAUCCUGCAGUGCCACGGGGAGAUGGACCCCAUGAUCCCCGUCCGCUUCGGGGCCCUCACGGCUGAGAAGCUGAAAUCUGUCGUCACCCCCACCAAGGUCCAGUUCAAAACCUACCCCGGGGUGAUGCACAGUUCCUGUCCUCAGGAGAUGAUGGCAGUGAAGGAGUUCAUCGAGAAGCUGCUGCCCCGGAUCUAAGCGGAGCCAAUCCAGACUGUGGCAGGGAAGGACUCUGAGGCUGCAGCUGCGGAUCCUUCCCCCGUGACCUGCCCGUUGCACACGGAAGCCAUGGCCCCCUCCGCACAUCCCGCCUCUCCCCGUCUCCUCGCACCGCAUCCUCUCCGGCCGGGGGUGCUCGUCUCUCCCUGCUGCUCUCGGAGCUGAGAUUGGAGUUAAGGCGAGUCUUUGAGCGGCCUUUUCUCUC